AUGAACGUCAAUUUCAAGUCAAAGACCGUUUCCACACCCUCUAUUGAUCAAAAGACACGGAGAAGAAGAAACACGCUCUUCAGGAAAGCUACUGAGUACUGCUCAGAAUGCUUUGCAGAUAUCCAAAUGAUUAUUCGAUUGAAGAAAACCGGAGAAGUUUACAUUCUGACAUCGAAGUCGAAAGGCUGGCCACUUUCCGAGACCCAAUUGGAAAGCUAUUACCCAAUGCCCAAGGUGCAAUUCAUCAACACGGAGCCGUGA